CAUCCACUGAUAAAUUAUUACCGCAAUACAAAGAUGCGUGUUCGAAUUAAAUGCAGUUUAUGUGCAGUACAUAAUAUUUUUUUAUGAUCGUGCAUGCGAUUUGUCAAUUAUUUUAUAUUUAUUUCGUUGUAAGACGUAUUUUGUGCGUUAAAAUGUGACAUUUAAUAAAUGAAAUCGUUGAAAUUAUGAAUGCGGAGAACGCGGCUACUGUGGAUGUACUGAAACAAAGAUUCGAGUCCUUCCAAUGCACCAACAAGCCUAUGCGUGGAUUGGAAGAUAAACAGAGUGAUAUAUUUGUAAACAAAAUAAAUAUUAAGAGGACUCCGGCAUUUCGACGAGAUGCUAAAGUACCAAAACAUUUGGGGGAAAAUCCACAAUCCAAAAAGGUAGCGAAUAAACAAUUUUAUUAUUGCGACAACAACAAUAGUAAAAAAACCGUCGAGUGCGGUACGGACGUGGCGUCCAAGUCGUUUUGUUUUAAAAGUUACAAUUCAAAUAAAAUAUCCGAUUUAAAUCACUGUAUAAAUAACGAUAAACUUGUGUCAAGUCAUCAAGUUCUGGUUGAAUGUUUAAAAAAAGAACUAAAAAAAAGUAGCUACAAUAACAAUAAAGAUAUAACGUCAUUGAAAAAUAAUAUCGAACAUAUUUCUACACAGACACCGCUUCCGUCAGGUCCACCUCCUAAAAAACCACCACGAACAUUUGCUCAUGAUAAACAAACAAGUUUGGAAUUAAAUGUAAAACCAACAAUGGACGUUCAUAAGAAACCAAAGUCUGAUCCUAAAAUUAUGUUACAAAAGUUAGAACAAUUUGUCGUGAAUAACUCGCACACUUAUCAAAAAGAAAACGUAGUUGUUGAUGAAAUUCCUGAUAGAAGAUGCGAUUCCAAAAAAAGUCAAAAGAAAUCGAAAAUGUUUAGUUUGGCAAAGUCUUUAAAGUGCAUAGGUAAUUCAAAUGUUUAUGAUAACACUACAAAGAUUCAUGACACAGAUGAUCAGAACUACUUAACUUCAAAAUUCUAUUAUGAACAUGAUACUGAGCAUAUUUAUGAUGAACCUGUAUUCCUAAACCAAAAUUCAAGGAUAAAUACGAACAGUGUUGAUAGCCGUCAUGCGCUUGAUUGUAAUGAAUUGGCUUGUGAUUCCGAUAAGUCUAAUCUACAUUAUAUGUCCACGCCAAUAAAAGAUUACGAUUCCAAAAAUGAAUGUUUAGAUCAAUGUGAUAAUUUUCCAAGUAUAGAUCUAGAUGGUUUAGAUGAUUUUGAUGGACCGUCGAAUAAAGAUAAGACAGUAAGCCAUGAAAAAAAAAUUCAAAUGCUUAUGAAUGAAGCCUAUGGGACAUUUAUUAAAGCUCAAGAAUCUGAGAGUGACUCUGAAUCGGUGUCAAAUAACGAGGAUAGUUGUAAUAGUUCGAUUAAUUAUCUAACGGAUGCGAAUAUUAGCGAACAGACACUAGAGCGAAAGGGAUAUUUGCGUCGAGUGGCAAAAAAUGUGACAUCGGCUUACUCGACUCUUAUACAUGACAAAAAGCAUUUAUUUCAAGCAUUACUAUUAAUCGGGCUUGAUUUGAGUUCAACUAGAGAAAAACUUCCUUACGUCAAAUAUAAAUAUCCUGAACAAGCUGAAGUACCAAAGCAAAUUGAAAGCUUAUGUUUUCCUGAUUCACACGUUUGGCCUUUUACCGCAGAUGAUUGUCGAACAUAUACUUUGACUGUCACUGACGAAAGUGGCCGGCGUUAUUACGGAUAUUGUUAUAGGAUACAGCCAGAAGGAGCUUCCUAUUGUUUACCACUAGUAUACUGUUUAUAUUCUACGAUCAAAGCAAAUAGUUUUUAUUUUCGGGUUUUGAAAGAAAUCGAAUCCAGACAUGGUCUGUCUGAAAUGAAAUGUUUCAUAGAGUCAUUACAUGAUCAACCAUUUCCAGAGCUUGGAUCUGCUAUUCGUAUACCACACGAUAGUAGUAUUGUAACUAUGGAAUCAGCACCGAAUGAAGAAAUUCGUAGACCGCUCGAUAUUCGACAAGAACAAGAUGACAUAUUGAGACUUUUACAAGUCAUAAAGCCUACAACAUUUAUACAAUUAUUGGCCACUAUGUUAUUAGAAAGAAAGUUAAUACUUCUUAGUAAAUCUAUCAGUUUAUUAUCAAGUAGCAUUGAAGGACUUACAGCUGCUUUAUACCCUUUUACGUGGCAACACACGCUAGUUUCGGUACUCCCUUCGCAAAUGGUAUCCGUAGCCGAUUUUGUUCAAGCGCCAACACCCUACAUCAUUGGACUGUUAAAAUCCGAUAACCAAUCGGAUAUUUUUGCUCAAUUCUCUGAAAAUGAUCAGGUAUUCAUAUUUGAUUUGGAUUCUAACAAAGUGUUACGAAAAGUCAAAGACGAAUACAGUGUAAUACCAUCAAGAAUUGCAAAAGGAUUAAAAAGUGUAAUCAGCUUGAAGGUAGAUCUACCGCAUUCUACCAAAGCGAUUUUGGCGUCUGAAUCUCUUAUAAGGCUAUUUGUUGAAUUAGUUGGCCACUACAGGAUGUACGUGGUACCUACUUCAAAAAAUAAACAAUUUCAAUUUCAGAAACAAUCGUUUAUCAACGCCGGUAUCAACACUGCACAUAGAAACUUUUUAGAGUGGUUUACUGAAACGGCGAUGUUUACAACGUUCAUAAACAAUAGACUAAAUUGUGACGUUGAUGUUAAAGAUGUGUUCGAGCGACGGUGUGCAGAGUUUUCUUUAGAGCUGAACAAAAUCAAACAAAAAUCAAAAACGCUUCAGACUGUUAAAGCAAUAGGUGAUCGUAUAAAAGACUGGGCAGUUUCAUGAAUCUCCAAAUAGUUCAGAAAUGUUAUUGCUACAUAUCCUGUAUAUUAUUUAUAAAAAAUCAUACGUAUUAAUAUAAUUUUAAGAAGAUAACUUAUUAUUUUAUAUUUUAUAGCAAGAUGCAGAAAUGUAAGUGCUAUGUUUUAUUACCUGCAUAAGUACAUGUAUCUAUUGAUGAAAAUACUAAACUUUUGCAUGUAAUGUAAUUGUUGAAUCUCUUUUUGUAUUUGCAAUUGAUAUUUAUGUUAAUUAUUUAACAUAAGGUUUUCAAACACUGACAUAAAUA